UGUCCUCUCUGUAGAGAGACGAGAAGAGAAGAGAAGGCUUAAACAGGAGGCUUUGAUCAUCAGGGUCCUUCAAAUUAAAGUAAAAGUUAAUUCUUGCUUGAUGGAGUCGAUAAGCAUGGUACCUUCUACUACUAGUGCUCGGCACAAUAAGUCCCUUUUGGGAGUCUCUCCUCCGCAUCCUCAUCACUAUCAUCAUCAUCAGCAGCAGCAACAGCAGCAGCGUCAUCUCCUAGAGGCAAUCUCGUUGCUUCUCUCUCGAUGGAAUGGUCUCCAAAUGGCCAUCCAGAACCAGUGGGGUGGCCAUGACUCUCUCCAGAAAUCCCACCAGCUCGAAACUGAUAUCUUCUCCUGGUUCUCUCAACCCAAAGCACUGCUUUGUGUGGAGGAUUUAGAGAACUUGCUCCAUGAAUGCAUGCUAUUCUCCUUCAACACGGAGAUUGAAGACGGUAGUAUUGAGGAGGUGGCAGAACAGUUGAUGGUUAUGCAUGAAGAAUACAUGCAUAUAAUUCAAUAGACAAUAUAAUAUCUAAAGGGGUCUCAGCUGUGAGUCAGAAGUUUUUCCUCAAAGUAGACAGGCACUCAGAAGAAAUUUUGAUGGAAGAAGAGGGGUGAGGUAUUGAAAGUAGAAAUUUGGUGCAUAAGUUUUGGUUGAGCGCAACAUAUAGAAGCCUAGAUAAUCAGUGAAGCAGCACAACUGCACAAGCAAAGAUGGAUGGUAGCUAAUUGCCUAUUGCCGAAACAAGAACAAUUGGAAUUACUUCAAAAUG